AUGGAAGCCACUGAGGACUUUUCUGGGGGUGCUGGGAUUCCCCAGUGCCGGUUGAAGCUGGUCUUCAACAAGGAGAAGAAGCCUGCGGCAUCGUCCACCCCGGAGGUGGUGCCCGCUCAACCCGUCGCUGCGGCGGCUCGGAUCAGCCGGACUGGUCGAGUCAUCAAAGCCCCGACGGCUUUCACACCGGCGCCCGCUGCUGCUGGCAGCGGCGGAAAACGCCGAAGUGGUGGUAGGAAAACCACCAGCGUCAAUUGCGCGGAGUGCGGACGUGGGCACAGCCCCAGCAACAAUCCGAUCGUCUUCUGCGACGGGUGCGAGUCCGCGUGGCACAAGCAUUGCCACGACCCGCAAAUUCCAGAGGCCGCCAUCGUGAAUCUGGAAACCGUAUGGAAGUGCAGCAACUGCGAGCCUUCCCAGCGCCGCUCGGCAGUCAAGGCCAAGCCAGUCAAGACGAAGCCGGCCAAGGCGAAGAAGCCUGCUUCCAAGGCCGUUCCUGCUCCCACGGUUGCUCCCAAGCUGGAGCCCGAGCUGCGGCCCGCGGCAUCGAUCGAGGUUGCUGGCGACCCGUUCACGGACUACGAGAAGCGCGCCUGGCUCUCCACCCUGGCUCAUUCCACGCUUGUCGAUAUGCUUGUCGACAUUUCCACCAAGAAUCCGUUCGUGCCAAUCUUCCCUGCCAACAUGAAAGAGUUGCCCGCCUCGCAAUUCACUGUUCCUCCGGUCCAGGCAUCGAGUGCUGAAUUUGCAUCUCCUUCAAGGAAGCGCACAUACGACGAAUUUGCCUAUGCCAACAAAUCGUGUGGACCUGAUUCCCCAGGGCCCAAGAGAGCUCGCACCAAGUCGGCUCCGGCCGCUCCUGUCGCGACUCUCUUCACGGGCAAGCCCAGUCGCCAUUGGUCCAUCGAUGAUCCCAUCGAUGAUGGUUAUUUCUUUGCGCCUUUGAGCAACGGGCAUGUCAUGCGAGUCCCCCACACUUCGCUCACGCCUGCCCUGUCCCCGGACGCUCCGAGCCCCUUCGAAACCGAGCCAUUGACCGACAGCGAAGGGGAUGAUAUCCCCUUCGACGAUCACCGGGUCUACCCUAAGCCUGGAAACGGAUUCAUCCUUCCUUCUAAUCCCAUGGAUCUUGACAUCCUCCUGGAGGACCCCGAAUCGAAGACCUUCAGCCACGACCUGCACAGCGCGGUCAAAGCUGCCACGAAGACAGUUGCUGGGAGAUAG